AUAUAUAUAUAUAUAUAUAUAUAUAUAUAUAUAUAUAUAUAUGUAUAGGUUCUGUAUUACGCCAUAGAUUAUUUGUUCGGAUUCUCUCUCUAAAUGCCGGUCUUUUGAUUAGAUCAUGAUGAUGAAGCAAGACUCCACAACCACCACCGCUACACCCCUCGCCACCGUGUGUGGCCACUGCGGCGUCCAAGAACGCCGUCUCCUCCAUCACGUGCGCCACCGGGGAAUCUUCCGGCGCUUCUGCACCACCUGCGUCCUCCGUCUCCACCCACAAUCAUUCUGCCCCACAUGCUUUAAUGUCUACCACCCUACCCCACCACUCACCUCCCAGAACGACGCUGUUGUCGCCUGCUUUAAAUGCUAUUCUUCUUCGCAUUCUCAGUGUGUGGGCUCCACACCCUUGAAGCCUUACGUUUGCCCUCUUUGUAUAAACCCUAAUGUUCCUAUUUUUACUCUAAAGAUGGCAGAAGAUGGGAAUGGGAAUAGUAGUAGUGGAAUUAAUGAGAAUUGUAGGGUCAUUGAUAAGCUGGGGGCCAAAGUGUUGCUUGCGGCCUCGAAGAUCGCCGCCGGGUCUAUGAGUAAGGCAGCAGUGACGGCCAGGGCAGAGGCAGAGAGGAGGGCGAAAGAGGCGGCUUUUACGAGAAAAAGGGCGGGGGAAGCAUUGAAACAUGUUGCAUUUCUGGUGUCUAAAGAGAAGUUGAAGAGGAAGGAGUUGCUGGCCGCCGCAGAGGUUUCGGGUUCCGGUGGCAAUGUGGGUAUGCUAGAGAAGAAAUAUAGCAAAGUUGAGGAUAAUGUGAAUAGUGUUAUGGUGGGCUUGGCAGAAAAUAACAGAAUUGGCAAUCAGAAUAAUGUUUUGGCAGCUUUGAAUGCGGUGGAGUUGAGGGAGAAAGAGACAGUUGAAGGGUUUAGGGCACAAAAUGUGAUUUUGGGGCAAAAUAAUAAUGUUGAAGCAAUGGAUGUAGAUGAUGAUAAAAGAAUGAGGGUGAUUCCCAGUUCAUGUUUGGACAAACCAGUUGUUCUUCAGAAUCAUGGUACUGGAAAUGAAAGUGACAGGUCUGGUGGAUUGGGUAAUCUAGAAAAUCAUAAUACAGAGGGUGUAAAUAGGGAUAAUGGGGUGAUUUCAGUUCCACCUGUAGGAGAUCAUGUGCAAAAUAGUAAUGGUAGGGAAGAGAAUAAUGUUGCAUUACAACAAUAGUCUAUGAUGUGCUGGAAUAUGAUAAAACCAAGGUGCGUUGGGUUUUUAAAGGUUCAAUCGGUGUAAUCUCCUGGGAAUAUAAUGAAGACCGAUAUAGAGCAUCCUCAAGUUGUAUCUGCUGGAUCUGAUCAAAAUUUUUUUGGUACACAUUAUUGUGCAUCUAGCUGAAUCCUUAUUUUGUGUAAAGAUUUCUAAGAACAUAGGAUGUGAUUAUGUAAUCCAGCUGGAUUUGACAAAAUCAAAUUUGAUCCUUUGUGUUCUUUGCAUUGGCUUAUGAUAUUCUCCAGAUUUUCCUUUUUUCUGUUUCUUAUAUUGUCAUCUUCAUU